UAACCUUCAAUUUGACCCUUGACGUAGCAAAGUCGACAUCGUUUGUGUGGUCCUCCAGACUUCCUUGUGUCCAUUUGAACACCGGUUUAUCACGCUAUUUCUCAGCAACACGAACGAGAAAGGCAUGGCCGAUCCCAGUUGCGGAGGCACUGUUACAGAUUUGCGUCCCGAACAUCCCAGGAACGAGAUAUACAGCAGGGAGGACCAGACAACAGACAUGGGCUGGCAACAGGGCGGGGUAGAACAAGCUCUAUUGUCCCCACAUGCAGGGAAUCACAACCAAGCCCUACUUCAAAACAAGACAACAGACAUUGGCAGGCAGCAGGACAGAGAAGAACUUGUACACAAGAAAAGACAUACAGGAGAAAGGCUCUACAAAUGUGAACAGUGCGACUAUUCUGCAAAAUUGAAACAUCAUUUGGACCGCCAUGUACUAAAACACACUAGCGAGAAACCUUUUAAAUGUGAUCAGUGUGAUUAUUCUGCCAAAUUGAAACAUAAUUUGGACCGCCAUGUACUAAAACACAAUAGCGAGAAACCUUUUAAAUGUGAUCAGUGUGGCUAUUCAGCAAUACGAAAAUCCAGCUUGGACAACCAUUUAGCAACACACACAGGAACAUUGCGAAAAAGACGGCCAAGACCCUACAAAUGUGAACAGUGUGACUAUUCUGCACCUCACAAAUCCGGUUUGGACCGCCAUGUACUAACACACACUGGCGAGAAACCUUUUUCCUGUGAUCAGUGUGGCUAUUCUACAGUCCAGAAAUGUAAUUUGGACAAGCAUUUAGCAACUCACAGGGACGAUAGGCCCUUCAAAUGUGAACAGUGCGACUAUUCUGCGAAACAGAAACAUCAUUUGACCCGCCAUUUAUUGAAACACACUGGCGAGAAACCUUUUUCGUGUGAUCAUUGUGACUAUACUGCAGCGCGGAAAUCAGAUUUGGACAAGCAUUUAGCGACACACAUAGAAACAUUUCGAACAAGACCCUACAAAUGUGAACAAUGUUACUAUUCAGCAACACAGAAGCACCAUUUGGAACGCCAUGUACUAAAACACACUAACAAGAAACCUUUUACAUGUGAUCAGUGUGACUAUUCAGCCGCGCGGAAAUCCCAGUUGGACGCCCAUCUAGCAAAACAUACAAAUGAAAAGCCCUACAGUUGUGGUGAGUGUGAGUACAGGACAACUCAAAAGUAUCUGCUAAACCGACACAUGAGAAUCCACACAGGAGAAAAGCUCCACAAGUGCGACCAAUGCGACUAUUCUACAGUAGAGAAGCAGAGAUUCGACAUUCAUGUAUCGAGGCACACCGGUGAGAAAGCCUUCUUAUGUGAAGAAUGCGGGUACAGGACUCGACAUAGGUUUGCCCUAAGUCAGCAUCUAAGAUCACACAGAGGCGAAAAACCAUACAAGUGUGAUCAGUGUGACUAUUCUGUUGGAGACAAAGGCAGUUUGGAUCGCCAUCUAGCAAAACACACCGGUGAAAAACCCUUUCUGUGUGAACAGUGUGGGUACAGAGCAGCGAAAAAGGCUGACUUAUCCAAACAUAUGAGAAGGCAUACAGGAUAUAAACCCCACAAGUGUGACCAGUGUGACUAUUCUGCGGCGACAAAAUCCUCCUUGAUCCGACAUAAUAAGAAGCACACUGGUUACAAACCCUACGCGUGUGAGGAGUGCGGAUACAGGGCAGUUGCCAUGGGUGACAUGUCCAGACAUAUGAGAAAGCACACUGGAGAAAAGCCCCACAAGUGUGACCAAUGCUCGUACAGGGCAGCACACAAGUGCAAUCUAGUCUAUCAUAUCAAAAGAAACCAUUCGGAGGGAAAGCCAUUAAGUGACUGACAGAACGGCUUACAUGCUACUGUUUCCCUUUUGUAUACACUCUUGUAGGUUUCACAACCAAUGUUAACCGCUAUCUCCUUGCGAAACUAUGUCCAACACCCAUCAACUUUCUUGAAAUAGUUGAACUGUAAUUUCCAACAGGCAACACCAAAAUUGGACUCACCCAAAUUUUCGACUGCACGGCAUCAGUCUUUGUCAAGGA